AAGUUGUAGUCUCUGAAGCUGCCAGCCGCUGAGUGGAGGGGGGCAGGGAGUGAUCUGACAGGCCCGGGGCAGUGCGCGCUCGGUGAGUCCUGCUGGGGGCCACGUGCAUCUGCCCGGCCGGGGGGCUGACUGGAAAGCGGACUUCCAUUCCCCCAAGACGCGCUUCCCUUCUCACGCAUCCAGUCUGAGUCACUAUCUACUGAGUCGAGGACGGAACGCUGAGGACCCGAGCUGGGGGAGACUCUAUAGUGGAGUGGUCCUCAGAACACCAUGUCCUGGUAUACACUCGGGAUCUGGAACCCAGGCUCUUCUGCCCCAGAGAAUUUCCAUCCUGCUACUCUCUUGACAGAGAUCUUAGAACAUUUAUGAUGAAUCUUCUCAUCCUACAAACCAGUAUCAGAUCCAGAUGGACUCCUUAAGCUUGCAGGAUGAUGUGGAAAGCCUGACUUACCACCUGGUAGUGCUGCUCAGUGGGGACCUUGAAUGGCUGACCUUGAAGGCCAAGUUCUUCCUGCCUGAUCUAGACUUGACCCCUGUGGAUAAGGCCCCAGAUCCCACGCAGAAAGUCUCCCUGCUUCUUAACAAACUGAGAGCCCAUGGCCUCUCUACAUGGCGGACCUUCAUCAGUUGUGUCUGGAGGGAAUUCUCUAUGCCCCUGGACCUGGAGACCAUGCUCCUGAGUGUCUGGGGUACAGACAGUGAGGUUCCGAGCCAGAACAGAGACCUCUGUGAGGAUGCCCUUCCUGAGUCCCAGCUCCUUCAUUCAGGCCUCAAGCGACCCUCCUCUGAGAUAGGUUCUUCACCUCGUCGAAAAUGGUCCAGGCAGCAGCAGCUAGAGUUGAUCAGAAGGUAUGAGAAGCACCUGAGGACUUUGGUCCUGCGGAGGUAUGGAAGCACACAAGAAAAAGACACCAUAACCCAGCAAAGACAACGAUUCUCCUUCAGCCAGAUCUAUGUGGACCCAGUCGUGCGUCUGAGCAAGGUAACCUGGCUGAAGGAGAACCCAGAGAAACCAUCGGAUGGUGUUCUGACAGGACCUCUUCAGGUAGAGGAUGGGGCUAAUUUGAAGGUCCAAGACCUAUUCAAGAGCCAAUCAGGUACAGGCACCAAGGUAACAGUCCUGAUUGGGAAACCAGGAGCAGGGAAGAGCAUGCUGAUGCAUCGAAUCUGCCAGAAGUGGGCGAAUGGUGAGCUGGAGCAGUUCAGCAAGGUUUUCCUCUUUGAAUUCCGCCAGCUUAACCUAGUGACCCAAAAUCUGACCCUUCCCCAGCUUCUCUUUGAGUUAUACCUGAACGCAGAUGAUGAGUCUGGCGCCAUCUUCCAGCAUCUGCAGGAGAAUGCCCGUCAGGUUCUGCUGAUCUUCGAUGGGCUGGACGAGUUCCUAGGCACCUGGCCUAGUGCAGGGUCCUGUGUUGAGGACCCCCGAGAUCCCACCCUGCCUCUGCCUGUUGCCACACUGUUCUCUAGCCUCUGUAGUGGAUCCCUCCUGCCAGGCUGCUGGGUGGUAACCACCUCACGCCCUGGGAAGAUCCCAGACUUCUUGCUGGAAACAGCCACAUCAGUGUUCAAGGUCUGGGGGUUUGACUGGUCACAGAUCGAGAAGUAUGUCAGCAACUUCUUCCAUGGACUACCCUCCCGGGAUAUGGCCCUCACCCAACUCAGGGACAAUGCCUGGCUCCAGAGCCUGUGUUCUCUCCCAGCUCUGUGCUGUAUCAUCUGCAUCUGCCUCUAUCACUUCCUGCUCCCGGGCAAUACUAUGACCUUCCCCACAACAGUCACCCAGCUCUAUAUACAGAUGCUCCAUGUCUUCAUCAGCCGGAAGCAGGGGGCCUCUGGGGACAAGGGCACCUGGCUGAGCAAGGACUCCCAGGAUCUUCUAGGCCUUGGUGAACUAGCUUUCAAAGGGCUAAAGGCCAAACAAGUAGUAUUCUACCCAGAUCAUAUACCUGAACAGGUAGUGGCCUUCGCAGUUACCCACAACCUACUGUCUUCCUUCUGGGUGAGGACAGGAAUCGGGAAGCAAGAGGUAUGCUAUGCCUUCGUCCACCUCAGCCUCCAGGAGUUCUUUGCGGCACUCUAUCUGAUGGUGAACCCCACCAUAGAUAAGGCCGAGCUGUGCUGCAACUUCUUCCUCAAGUCCAAAUGGUCCCUGAGGACCGAAGCCAAGACAGAACUCCUUGAUCGCUUCCACACCUUUUUGUCAGGCUUCUCCUCCCAGGCCUGCCACCCCUUCCUGAGUCACUUGUCACAACAGGAUAAAUCCUUGCUGGGUACCAAGCAGGCAGCCAUCCGGCAAGAGUUACAGAAUCUGAAAGCCCGAAACCUAACAGGCCCCAAGAUGAUAGAGCUGUGCUACUGUGUGGGUGAGGCCCAGGACCCCGAGCUGUUUAAGAAGAUUGGGAGCCACCUUCCUUUCAGUCUGGAAUUCCAUAAUUUCCCUUUGAACCACACUGACUUGGCUGCUCUGACCUCUCUCAUCAAUCACGCUCCUGCUUCUGUUCAUCUUGAUUUUGCCGGCUGCUCUUUGGAGCCCCAGUGCCUCGAUGCCCUAGCUGGCUGUGAGAAAAUUGACAGUCUCAGGGUUAGAAGCAGGAAGUGCAGAGAUGCUUUUGCAGAAGCCCUCUCCAGGAUAUUGCCAACAAUGGGAAAUCUGAAGAAACUUGAGUUAACUGGAAAUAACAUCUCAGUUCAAGGCAUUGAUCACCUGGCACAAGCCUUUACAUACUGUCUUCAGCUGGAAGAGAUUAAUUUGCAGGACAACAAAUUGAAUGAUCCUUCUUGUCAAAAGAUCAUCAAGGUGCUCCACAAGGUGCAGCGAUUAAAGAAAAUUGACUUAAGCCGAAAUGCAGUUUCUGUUCAGACCGUCCUUGACUUGGCAAAGGAAGCAGUUUCUUACCCCCAAAUCACCACCCUGGAGAUUAGGCAAACAAACAUCAUCGUUCUUUUCUUUGUAACCUCAGGAAAGGCUCUGGAAAUGCCACAAUCCCAGAAUGUGAAGAAAAAUGAACCUCAAGAUAAGGUUGUGACUCAGGCCAGAAAGCUAACAUUCAGGCUUCAGAAAUGCAACCUUGGCGUCCACCAUGCAAAGGAUAUAGCUGAGAUGCUCAAGCACAGGCCCUACCUGGAAGAAGUGGAUUUAUCAGGAAACAAGCUGGAAGAUGAAGGAUGCCGGGAACUAGCAGAGAUUCUGCCUCAUUUACAGAUCACCAAACAGUUUAACAUCAGUGAUAACGAGCUGUCUGAGUGUGGUGUGUAUUGCUUGCUGACAUCAGCCAAUGCCUGCAAGAAUGUAGUGGAACUAGAUAUCAGCCUGAAGAACAAAACUGCCAUCUUCAGAUUUUCCGGGGAUGAGGAGAAGGAUCAAACCCAACCCAGAGCUUCAGUUUCAGACACCCAGCUAUCCGGGAACAGCCCUGAACCACCAUCCCCUUCUGCCAGGGUCAUCAGAUUAAGAGACUGCAGUUUCCAGUCCAGUGACCUUGAGAAGCUGUGUCAGGAGUUGAACAACUACAGCUAUGUUGACUUAUCGAACAACUGUCUGGGUAACAAAGGCAUUGAGAAACUGACUCACAUUCUCCCAAGCCUGAGGUCCCUGAAGUUCCUGACCUUGAAUGAGAAUAGAGCAUCCUUGGAAGCUGUGUUCUGCCUAGCCUCGGCCUUCUCCAACCUUGAGGAGAUCCAUGAGGUAGACAUCAGCUUGGAAAGAAAACAGUCCAUCCAUGUGAGAUGCAUUGGAAGAGCCAGUGAACAAAGUACCUCUAGACUAUGGUCAAAGCAGAAGACUCAGCAGAAAUCCCUGGAGUGGGACGCACACUUUCCCAAGAGCUUCUGUCUCAGAGAGUGUCAACUGGAUCCCCCAAAGCUAGAGAGGCUACUCCAGAUUCUGAAGACCUGCCGGGGACUGCUGGAGAUCAAAUUCUCCCAUGUUACCAUGAGUGAGAAGAGCAUUGAGAAGCUACUGGACCAUAUACCCCAGUUCCACAGUCUGAACCUGUUGAAAUUUAGCCAAACCACUUUGUCUCUAAAGAGCAUCUUCUUGCUGGCCAGUGCUAUUAACCUAUGUGAACAAAUUCGAAAGGUGGAAGUCAGGUCCCAGGAGUCUGCCUGUCUGUACUUUACUCCUGGCAAGAGGAAAGGAGUGUCCUUUGGACUCACAAAUUGUUGCAUCAGCCAAAUGGACAUGGAGCAACUGUGCUAUACACUGGGGCAGUGCAAAGAUCUGAGUCACCUUGAUCUCUCAGGAAACUUGCUGGAUGGUGAAGGGCUCAGAUAUCUUCUGGAGCAUUUACCUCAGAUGAAUCUCUCUGGCUCUCUCAACCUAAGCCACAAUAGCAUCUCUCAGGAGGAUGCUCUGCUCUUCACUGAUGCUCUCUCCACCUGCAGACAGGCCCAUGAAGUCUCAGUGAGCCUGGAUCCAGAGCGGAAGUUUUUGAUACAGUUCACCAAGGACCAAGAGCCCAGAAAGACCCUGAGGCUGACCAGAUUCAACCUCCAGCAGCAGCACAUCACUGGGCUGGCCAAACUGAUGGAGAAAGGGCUGAAGCUGACUGAUCUCAUAUUGACCAAUAAUACAGUAUCACUGCCAGGGCUACAACUUCUCCUGAAUGAAGUAAGGAUGCCAUCAGGGAUACUGAGGAUCAGUGUUGAAGAGCCAUGGGUAAAGACAGCCAGUGUUACCACCCUGCUGCAGGCAAGUGUCCAGGCAUCAGGCAACAUCACCAAGAUAAGCAUCUCCAGAGAACAUUCCUUCCUCCAUAUUGAAGAGGCAUUUCCCCAGCAAACAAAGAAUUCUGCAGCCACAACUUUCAGAUUGGCCCAGUGUAACCUAGGAGCCAGCCAGACCUUUCCUUAUAAACUGGCCGAGUAUGACCCAGGAGCCAGACAGACCUUUGUCAUCAGUCAGGUGGUUGAAAAGUACCUCAGACUACAGGAGCUUAGCUGGUCCCAGGUUCACUUGUGUGACACCAGCAGCCAGCUGCUCAAGACUCUGCUUUUGUCUUUCCUUGAGCUGAAGAACCUCAGGCUGACAGACAGCAUGGUGAGCCCUGAGGGGCUAUCCCAGGUAGCAUCUGGGCUGAGUCACUGCCACACUGUGGAAGAGCUAGAUCUAUCUAAGAAUAAGUUCGGUGUAGAAGGCACCAGGAUGUUCAUGGGAGCUCUGGAACGGAAGAACCAACUUAAGAGUCUGAACCUCAGUUCUCUGCAACUGGAUGAUGACCUGGCAUUGAAUCUAGCCAAGAAACUUCAGAGAAUGCCUCUCCUGCAGAGACUUGAUUUGAGCAACAGUGGCCUCAGCAGCAACAGCUGCUUCUACCUGUCAGAUUCUCUCAAGGAUGCUACCAACUUAGAAGAUCUAAACUUGAGCCAUAACAAGAUUGAAGAUGCUGGGGUGCAGCAUUUAUCAGCUAUCCUGCCCAAAUUGCUGAAGCUCAGAAAGAUUGACCUCUCGUGGAAUGGCAUCAGCCCAGAGGGAGGCAGAAGGCUAGCUGAGGCACUGGCGCUCUGUGUCCAAGUGGAGGAGUUACACUUAGGGGCCAAUGCAAUGGGAGACCCGAUGGCCCUAAGGCUGGCCCAGAACCUGCCGCAUCACUUGAGAGUCUUGUAUCUUUGUUCCAACCGUAUUGGCCCCGAUGGAACACUGAGCCUGGGCCAGGCACUUGCCGGAUGCCAGUGGAUAGAAGAGAUCAGCUUGGCGGAAAACAUCUGUGCCGAAGGGAUUCUACCCCUCUCAAAGGGACUCCUGAAGCUCAGAAAGAUUAACCUCACAUCCUGCAAGAUUAACGACCAAAUGGCCAAACCUCUUGUCAGCAGCCUGGUUCUCUGUCAUGGCCUACAGGAGAUCCUGUUGGCCUGGAAUUUCCUUGGAAACGAAGGGGCCACUGAGCUAGCCCAUGCUCUAUCUCAGAUGCACCAGUUGAAGAAAUUGGAUUUGGAGGGCAAUCAGAUCGGUUCCCUGGGAGCACAGCUGCUGGCCAAGGGGCUAGCCGAGGGUUCCGGAAUUCAAGUCAUAUGCCUGUGGAAAAAUCCAGUCCCCAAGGAUGUAGUCCAGUUGCUCCAGAGGCAGGAUCCCAGACUGAACUUCUCCUGACCAUCGCCAGUAGAGGCCCAGGGCUCCUCCCUUAGGCUCACCAAUCCAUGCAGGGUGGAUGUAUACUCCCUUUGCAGAGUGGGGAACCAGCCAGAUUCAGCUGCUGUCCCCACUCAGGGUACCCAGGGCAGCCUCUCCUUGUCCUGGAAUGUCCCUGAUGUGGGGUCAAUGGAAUGAGACUUCCCAGACAGAUCCCUCCUCUUCCCACAAUAUCCCUCAAAGAAGGGUUGGUCUGAACGGGGCAGGCCCAUUGCCAGUUGGUGUGAAAUUUGGCAAGUGUUUCAUGCUCUCUGCCCUCAGUGUGCCCAUCUGUAAAAUAAGUGGAAGUAGAUGAUCUGUAAAGUUCCCUUCUAACUAGAACAUUUUAGAGCCCUAAGAGACCAGAGUGGUACUCUGGAAAGAAAGCAAUGGCUCUCUGGAGUUAGAGGGCCCAGGUUCAAAUCUAGCCUCUUAGGCUUAUUAUCUCUGUGACUUUAGGCAAAUCUUUUCACUUCUCUGAGCCUCAUGUUUCCUUGUCUGUAAAAUGAUGGAAUUGAACCUUUGAGGUGUUCUUCUUCCUCUACAUUUAUGAUCCAAUCUGUAUUUGCAGGGAGAGAAGCAUAACCAGCUUCCUGUUGGCAUCAGUUGGCAACAGUUUGAGUUCUUUUAUAUCUGUAUUUUUAAAAAUUUAAGUAUGUAUAUACUUCAUUCCCAGGAUGACUGAACUGGGGAAACACUCCAGCCAGCUUCCUUACUAGACCUUUCAGUUGGGCUGGGGAGGAAGGUGGGAUAGCAGGGACCUAAGCAGCCAGUGUGCAUAUAGAAAAAAGCACCAGCCACAGGGUCCAGACAGCCGGGGCUUCUAGUCCCAGCUCUCUCAUCAGGUGCUGCUCAAGACAUCCUUCUAUGAUGAGGGGAUUGGAUUAAAUGACCUUCUACCUCUGAAAUUCUAUUGUUCAGUGGUGUAACGUUACCAGUUUAGGUUUCCUACGAGGGUCCUCUGGGCUUUCCUUUCCUUUUUCUACAACUACUGAAUAUCUUGUUUGCACAUCAUUUUUUCAUGUUGCCUCCUCAGGAAGCUGUCAGCCACAAGAGAAAGGCAUUUUUUGCCUUUCUUUGUAAAGGCAUGGGCAGUGCAAUAUGAGGUAUGAGGGUACACAAAAAACCCUCCAGGCAUGUGGAUUUACACUGGUUCUGAGAGGAGGGGUCUUGGCUUCAGGACCCCUUUAAUUUGUUUUGUAACUUUUUGAUCCUCUCUGAAGCUAGGUUUCUACUUCUAUAAAAUAGAGAUUAUAUUACUUGAACUAACUUGCUAAAAUGAAAAGUGCACUGAUAAAUGAUUCGGAGGCCCAGAGUUACCUUAACUUCUGUGGGCCUCAGUUUCCUUAUCUGUAAAAUGAAAGAGUUGGACAGGGUGGCCUCCAAGUUCUUCCCCAGCUCUAAAUAUUUUAUUUGAAAUACCUACCUCAAAUGUGUUAAUGUGUUAAUAAACAUUAAGAUGUCGUGAAAA